AUGGAGAGUCUCUUACCUCCUGCCACUGAUAUUGUCAAGUCUUUGGGGCCUCGUGCUUCUCCCAGAGCUUACCUUAACGUGCUUGAUGCAGCUUAUGGUGCAAUCGAUGAUGGUGAUGAGUUGUUCUCAAAAUUCAUGAACACAUUUCAGAAUGAUGGAGAGAAAUCAUCUAGCUAUCUCCAAAGGCUACAAGUUGCUCUGAGCAAGGCAGUCAGGGGAGGUGGAAUUAAAUCGUCUGAGGGCAACCAUCAUCUCCUACGGCAGUUUUGCAGAGGCUGCUGGGAUGACAUCCUUAUUUCUGAGCUUCGUCUCGAAACUCGUAGAGAUGACCCUAUCGAUUUCCAAGACUUACUGCGUUCCCUUAGAACCAGAGAAGACAAGAGUGCACAGAAAUGGUUGCGCAUGAGAAGCCACAGCAGUGCUUCUAAGCAGAAACCACAGCCAUCCCUUAGAUCUGCUCAUGCUUAUAGCCAAGAUGCUGCCAUUUCAAGCAAACUUCCUCAUGAGUCAAAGUUGUUGUCUGAGACCGCUGAAUUGAAGAAGCAAAUUGCUGAGCUAAAGGAACAGUUAACUUCACUGACCCUCCCGAAGUCCAGAAAGACUGUCAAACCCAAGCAUAAGACUUCACCCUCUCCUAGCACUCCUGAGUUUAUUGCUAAACCACCGUUUAAGUCAACCGGUGGUCCUGUCACGAAAUCCAGACCACGCCCUGGUUACUGCUUCAGAUGUGGUGAAGAUGGCCACAUAUCUGUAACCUGCGAAAAUUCUCCGAACCCGGGCUAG